AUGUCAGAGCUCAUUCCAAGCACCACACCCAUUCGAGCUUUUGAAGAUCACGAGGACGCCGUAAGGGCAGUCGCAGUGUUCCCUGAUAAACGACGAAUGAUUACGGGUUCGGACGACAAUACACUUCGUCUUUGGGACUUGGAGACAGGCGUUGUGUUGAAGAAGAUGGAAGGGCAUGGCAGUGCGGUGUGGACAUUGACGAGAUCGCGGAAUGGUAAAAUAGUAGCAAGCACUGAUUGGAAGGGAGAGGUCAUCGCCUGGCACGGUGAAACUGGCGAAUCCAUCACAGACACAAGGGAAUGCGUCGCGUAUUGCACAGGCCACACAACAAUAUGGAGGACUCGGAUGUCACUUGCGUGGACGCCCGAUGGCAAACAUCUUCUUUCAGGAGGAGGUGAUUACAUAUUGGAGUGGGACACAUCAACCUGGCAGCAGAUUGGUCAUCGCUGGGAAGGCCACACUAACACCAUUAACGCCAUUGCCAUUCAUCCCGCUGGCACCCUCGUCGCUUCUGCAUCUCGUGACAAGCAUGUCCAUCUCUGGCGGCUCUCAGAUCGGCGAACCAUCGCCGUCUUCCAGCAUUCAUCCUACGCGGAAGGUAUCACGUUCUCUGUGGACGGCAACCACAUCCUCAGCGGAGGUCAUGAUAACAAGAUCUCAGAAUGGGCAAUCCUUGACAUCACAACAGCCCGCGAUGCAUGUCUAACUGGGGAUUUGUCUCUCGCUGAAGAGCUCCUCACCCAAGAGAUCCACGCCAACGCCGACGACUUUACUUCAUAUGCCAAUCGUUCCUUCGUCAUGGCCCGCAAGCACAACUGGGACAACGCCCUUGAGGAUGCAAUCAAGGUAUUCCAGGCCAUCGCACUCUUCAACGCAGAUCAACACGAGGAAGCAAUGCUGCUCAUAAAAUACCUGGAUGCCGCUUGUCCGAAUGUCGACCCUCUCGCGCGUCGUGUUGUGGAAACAUAUCUACGUGUUCAACUCGGAAUCGAAGCUUUCGAUAGCGCGCGUCACGACGAAGCUGCUGAUCACUUCACUGCCGCUGUUAACUCAGAAGCUUUCUCAUCGAAAUACCUUCAUGUUCCAUACCAGGACUUGACCGUGCUGUUCGGCUGGGAUCUUAAGUACUUGUUGCUUACGACACACCAGCGACGGCGCCAGACUUUCCUUUCGGCAGGUAAACACGAUGAAGCACUCAAAGCACAUAAAUACAUGAUGGACGCCAUCGACGAGAUUGCGAAAGCCAGCUGCCUCGAUUGGUCCAAUGGCGAGUUUCACGUGCUCUGCGCUGCCAACGGAAAUGCCGCCCUCGCUGCCAGCGAUUAUGACAGAGCUAUUGACAUAUACUCGGCGGUAAUCGACUCAAACUCUGCAUCUCACGUUGUCUUUGCAAAUCGUAGCAAAGCAAAGUUGGGCAAAAUGCUAUGGAUGGACGCGCUUCUCGAUGCGCAGAAGGUAAUCGAACUCGACUCUUUGUCUUAUCUUGGAUACAAUGUGAAGCGCGCAGCGCUUCAUGGUGCGGAGCGCUAUGAUGAAGCGAUUGAGACCUUCCAAACGACGCUCUCGAUAUUGGACAAUGCACCUGAUGUUCAGACACGAAAGUUGCACCAGCAGUAUCUCAGACCUUCCGAAGUAGAACGUGCCAUUCGACGGGUCAUCGAUGCCCAACUCGACGAUGCUCCGCUGCGUUCACUCGACACCACCGCCGGCCUCUUAUGUGAUCGAGAGACACAGAUAAACACCUUCAAAAUGAGCACGCAGUAUAAGGCGCUUGUGUCAUCAACAAUCACGCAUGCAGACUUGCACAUCGAGCACAUCGAAGAAGUGGUGAAGAGAUAUUUGCAAUAUGCCAUGCUGUCACACAGGUGGGAAGGGAAGGAGCCGCUGCUGCAGGAUAUCCAGGGCAAGUCCGUGUACGACUCGGAGUUGGAUUCGAUUGGCGGCAUUACGAAGCUGCGGUCGUUCUGCAAAACUGCUCGCGAUGCGGGGUAUAACUGGGCAUGGAGCGAUACGUGCUGCAUUGACAAGAGCAACGACGUCGAAGUCCAAGAAUCGGUCAACUCCACGUUCGUAUGGUAUCAUCAUUCCGCGCUCACGAUUGUCUACCUCUCUGAUGUUCCGCCUUCGUCAAAGUCUGACGCACUGGCAACAAGCGCUUGGAACACGCGCGGAUGGACGGUUCAGGAAUUCAUCGCUCCCAAAGUCGUUCUCUUUUAUCAGAACAAUUGGACUCUAUAUCGUAAUGAUCGUACUCCCAACCACAAGGAUUCCGUCGCAAUCAUGCAGGAGAUAAAGGGCGCAACGGGAAUAGACCGACCAGCCGUUGCAGCCUUUCGUCCUAGUAUGAAUAGCUCUCGAGAAAAACUGCAUUGGGCUUCGACCCGCGUCACCACACGCCAGGAAGACAUCGCAUACUCUUUAUUUGGCAUCUUUGGCGUCCGUCUACCUGUAGAUUAUGGCGAGAAGCAGGACAAGGCUCUCGGGCGGCUCCUGCAGGAGAUCGUGGCUCGGUCGGGCGACAUCAGUAGUCUGGAUUGGGUCGGAGAAUCAUCAGACUUCAACAGCUGUCUACCAGCCUCCAUCACUUCAUACAAAGCUCCGCCAUGCGAGCUACCACCCUUACCCGAAGAUGACCUUCAGUCAUCGGUUUCUUUGUUACGACAAACGGGGGUUGCCGAUUUCGCUUCAAACUUUUAUACUCGGCUUCAGAACGCGAGCGCCCCUCGCUUCGCGGCACAAAGACUGCAUCUACCCUGUAUUGCAUUCAAUGUCACGGAAGUUAGACGCCGGAUGGGCAGUCCAACUCCGGAAAGUCAUCUCACGUAUGAGGUGAAGGCAGACGGACUUCACGACUUGCUUAUCACCACCGGAGAGACCCUGGUUAAAUUCUGGCCGGCAAGGCCCAUCGAGCAACGAUUUUUCCUCGUCCGUCCCUGGGAUCGGUCUCUUCUGGAGCUACCUGACUUCACAGAAUUUCCAGAACCGUCUGACUAUGGAGAUGAUACGGAGGGCGAGGAGGAUUAUGGGACGCCGCCUUCUUCUCCGUCGGACGACUGGUCUAGCGGUUCUCCUGUAAAACAGGGGAUAUCUGACUUAGAAUCACGAGCAUUGCGGUUGCUUGUUCGCCUUGGACAGCCUUUCGGCGCAUUUUUGCUAGCGCAGCAGCGCAGUGGAGAAUACAAGAGGAUUGCGACAGAUCAUGAUAUCAUUGGGCAAGUCCAGGACGUGGUCUCUGUUGGAGACUUGAUGGACAUCAGGACCAUAGAAAUAUUGUAGUCGUA